AUGGGGAAAGCAGAUGAAGCAGACUUCUACUGUAUCUUGGCGAAGGGUUAUGGGGUGAUGUUUCCAGUAAGAGAUGGGCAACAGAGGCAUUUGCAAGCCAACAACAAAGAAUUCAAUGAGAAAUUUGAAUAUGUGAACAAUGCCAUCAAGACAUCAAAAUACAAUUUCUUCACAUUUCUGCCCCUGAAUCUAUUUGAACAAUUUCAGAGAGUAGCAAAUGCAUAUUUCCUCUUCUUGCUGUUCCUACAGCUCAUUCCACAGAUAUCAUCUUUAGCUUGGUAUACAACAGUGAUCCCUCUGGCAUUAGUGCUCACAAUGACUGGAGUAAAGGAUGCCAUUGAUGACAUGUAUCGGCACAAGAGUGACAAACAACUGAACAAUCGACCUGUCCUGGUACUAGUAAAUGGCAUGGUGAAGGAAGAAAAGUGGAUGAACAUCAAAGUGGGGGAUAUAAUAAAACUACAAAAUAACAAUUCUGUCACAGCGGAUGUGCUGCUACUUUCCAGUAGUGAGCCCUGUAGUCUGACCUACAUAGAAACUGCAGAACUAGAUGGGGAAACCAAUUUGAAAGUAAGGCAAGCCCUGACUGUUACCAGCAACCUGGGAAACAACCUGGAGAAACUGACCACCUUUAAAGGUGAAGUCAGGUGUGAGCCUCCCAAUAAUAAACUGGACGUAUUCACAGGGGUAUUGAUCCAUGAGGGUGAAAAGUAUGCCUUGGAUAAUGAAAAAAUAUUGCUAAGAGGCUGUACAAUACGGAAUACAGACUGGUGCUAUGGCCUUGUGAUUUAUGCUGGUCAUGACACCAAAUUAAUGCAGAACAGUGGAAAGAACAUCUUUAAACGGACAAGCCUAGAUCAUCUCAUGAAUAUCCUUGUGUUCUGGAUUUUCCUGUUCUUAGCUGGCAUGUGUUUCAUCCUGGCAUGUGGGCAUGAAAUUUGGGAGAAAAAGAAAGGUUAUUACUUCCAGAUCUAUCUGCCUUGGGAAGAGACAAUUGAUUCCCCAGGUGUUUCUACUUUCCUCACAUUCUGGUCAUAUAUCAUCAUUCUCAACACUGUAGUACCAAUUUCACUCUAUGUCAGUGUAGAGAUAAUACGAUUGGGCAACAGCUUCUACAUCAACUGGGAUCGAAAAAUGUUUUACAUCCCAAAUAACACACCAGCCCAGGCCCGUACCACAACUUUGAAUGAGGAACUAGGCCAGAUCCAAUAUGUGUUCUCUGACAAGACAGGGACACUGACUCAGAAUAUCAUGGUUUUCAACAAGUGCUCCAUUAACGGGCAGUCAUACGGUAUUGGAUUUCAUGACAGUGGGAUCGAAUCUCACUAACCCUCUGCCCCCAAAGAGAAGGUUGACUUCUCCUACAACAAACUGGCUGACCCCAAGUUUUCAUUUUAUGACAAGACUUUGGCAGAAGCAGUAAAAAAAGGAGAUCCUAUGGUCCACCUUUUUUUUCUCUGCCUCUCACUCUGUCACACAGUGAUGUCAGAAGAGAAGGUGGAAGGAGAACUGGUAUAUCAGGCACAAUCUCCUGAUGAAGAAGCCCUUGUCACUGCUGCCAGAAAUUUUGGCUUUGUGUUUCGCUCUCGAACAUCUGAAACAAUCACUGUAGUGGAAAUGGGGGUCACAAAAAUCUAUAAGCUCCUGGCUAUCCUGGACUUCAACAAUGUACGCAAGCGGAUGUCUGUGAUUGUGCAGACACCUGAAGGUAAGGUGAUGUUGUUCUGCAAAGGAGCUGACACCAUCAUCUGGGAAUUGCUGCACUCAUCCUGCAGAUCCCUCCAAGAUGUGACCAUGGGACACUUGGAUGAGUUUGCCAGUGACGGCUUGCGUACCCUUGCUGUGGCUUUCCGAGAGCUGAAUGAAGAAGUAUUCCAAAGAUGGAGCCUAAAACAUUAUGAAGCCAGCACUUCCCUGGAAGAUCGGGAGGAAAAGUUAGGACUAGUCUAUGAAGAGAUUGAAAAAGACAUGAUGCUAAUAGGGGCCACAGCCAUUGAAGACAAGUUACAGGAUGGAGUGCCUGAGACAAUAGCCACUCUGAUCAAAGCAAAUAUUAACCUGUGGGUUUUGACUGGAGACAAGCAAGAGACUGCCGUGAACAUUGGCUACUCCUGCAAUAUGCUAACUGAUGAUAUGGAUGAGGUGUUUGUUAUAGAGGCCAAGGAGAGUAGCGUGGUCCAGCAGGAACUCAGGUCAGCAAGAAGUAAGAUGAAACCUGGUUCUUUACUGGGGACAGACCCAGUAACUGCCCUCCUUGCCCAAUCAGAAAUGAAGAACUUCAUCAUGCCUGAAGAAGUGGCCAAUGGUAGCUACGGCCUAAUCAUCGAUGGCCACAGUCUGGCUCAUGCCCUAGAGGAGAACAUGGAGUUGGAGCUACUAAGGACAGCUUGUAUGUGCAAAUCGGUGAUCUGUUGUCGUGUGACGCCUCUGCAAAAGGCCCAAGUUGUGGAACUAGUGAGAAAAUAUAAGCAUGUGGUGACACUAGCCAUUGGUGAUGGAGCCAACGAUGUCAGUAUGAUCAAAGCUGCCCACAUUGGGGUAGGCAUCAGUGGCCAGGAGGGGAUGCAAGCCAUGCUUGCCAGUGACUUCUCCUUUGCCCAGUUCCAAUUUCUGCAGCGCCUGCUCUUGGUCCAUGGUCGUUGGUCCUAUAUCCGAAUGUGCAAAUUCCUCAGCUAUUUCUUCUACAAGAACUUUGCCUUCACACUGGUGCACUUCUGGUAUGGCUUCUUCUCCGGCUUCUCUGCACAGACAAUCUAUGAUGAGUGGUUCAUAGCUUUCUACAACUUGGUCUACACAUCCCUCCCUGUCCUGGCCAUGAGCCUCUUUGACCAGGAUGUGGAUGACUUGUGGAGCCUCCGAUUCCCCGAGCUCUAUGAACCAGGCCAGUGCAAUAUGUACUUCAACAAGAAGGAGUUUGUCAAGUCUGUAAUGUAUGGCAUCUACACCUCCUUUGUGUUGUUCUUCGUCCCCUACGGGUCUACUUACAACUCAGUGCAAAUGGAUGGGAAGGACAUCUCUGACUACCAGUCUUUUACCCUGAUAGUACAGACCUCCCUACUCGUGGUGGUGACUGUGCAGGUGGGCCUGGACACAGCGUACUGGACAACUGUGAACCAAUUCUUCAUUUGGGGCAGCCUGACCUUGUACUUCAGCCUCAUGUUCCUCCUUUACAGUGAUGGCCUGUGUCUGCUCUUCCCUCACACAUUCCAAUUCAUGGGCACAGCGCGGAAUACCCUGAUCCUGCCUCAGGUGUGGCUAACGAUCCUUCUCACUGUGGCCCUUUGUGUGCUGCCCGUGAUUGUGUACAGAUUCUUCCACAUGAUGUUGCUGCCCACCAAAGCUGACAAGGUUCUCAGUAAGAUCCGUGAAUGCAUGAAGAAUCCAAUACCACCCCCAGCCCAGAUGAGACUGAGACGCACAAGCUCCCGACGUUCAGCCUAUGCCUUUGCUCACCAAUAUGGAUUUGGGGCACUCAUCACUUCAGGAAAGAACAUGAAAUCAAGAGCACCCUUUGGCUUUGGUGAUAAUUAA